AAGAACAUGGUCCAUUUCUGGGAGGCGGGCAAUGCGCCUGGCUUUACUUUUGCAUUUUUUACGAUUUCACCCCAGGGUUGCACUUCCCCUAUGAAUGGCACAUUAACAAAUUACAUAUCCAUUUUUUUCAGGGUAGACAAACGGGUCAGGCACAGAAGCUUUUAUUUUAUUUCACCUUUUGAGAAAAACGUACUGGUGAACUAUCUGUUUGCUCUCUGCAGGGCAGCAGAACUCUCCAAAUUAGCUUAGCUCUAUGUUUUGAUCAGACAUUUGGCCACCGAUUAACUGAAUCAUGACAAAGAUAAGUCCUGUCGUUGAGAUCAAGAUGCCAAUGGAAGCAGCUUUGCCAGUUUCAGCUGAUGUGAGCUUUGCUUCUAACAGUUUCCCCAAAUAUAAACUAGGGCCUGAUAAUCAGGUUCUGGAGGAGCCAAUAGAGGAUAACCAAGGUCCUUUAUUGAAGGAGGUUAUUGAACAGGAAGCUUCCCAUUUGUCAGAGCAGCACAAGCGUCUCUCAGUCCGUGACCUUGCCAGUAAAUUUGACAAAAACUUGACUGCAGCAGCUAAGCUGUCUAAUGAGGCAAAGCUGAGAGAAGUGGCAUCUUUGGAGGGACAUGUUCUUUUGAAAAAGUUAAGAGAUGCAUUAGAGUCCUUAAGAGGCCGUUUAGCAGGGAAAAAUAAGGAUGAUGUAGAGAAAGCUAUCUCUAUGGUGGAAGCUUUGGCGGUUAAGCUGACUCAAAAGGAAGGUGAAUUGAUUCAAGAAAAGUUUGAAGUGAAAAAGCUAGUGAACUUUCUCAAGCAGGCUUCUGAAGAUGCUAAAAAAUUGGUUAAUCAAGAAAAGUCUUUUGCUUGUGCUGAAAUUGAGAGCGCUAGGGCAGUGGUGCUAAGAAUUGGGGAGGCCCUGGAGGAACAAGAGAACGCUUCCCAAGCCUCUAAGACACAGGAUGUGGGUGAACUAGUUGAAGAGGUUCAAGAGGCUAGAAGGAUCAAAUUGCUGCAUCAGCCAAGCAAGGUGAUGGCCAUGGAACAUGAACUUCGUGCUUUAAGGGAUCAAAUUCGAGAAAAAUCUAUUUUUUCAAUUAAACUGCAGAAGGAGUUGACAAUGAGCAAGAGGAGUGAGGAAAACAAAUAUUGUGUAUAUAAACUACAUGGUUCUGAGACAUUAGGUUCAUGCCUACGAGUGCAGCCUUGCUCGGAGGAGGUGCCACCAAUUUCAAAAUGCUCAUUUCAAUGGUACCGCUUGUCAUCUGAAGGCAGCUGGAGGGAAGCAAUUUCAGGAGCCAACCGAUCAAUUUAUGCCUCAGAUCCCUCUGAUGUUGGGCGAGUCUUACAAGUAGACAUUAUUUCCAAUGGCAAAAAGCUUACAAUAACGACUGGUCCUAUUCAGCCUGUUGCAGGACUUGGAAGCCAUGUGGAGACACUUCUACGAAAGUCUAAUUCAGAAUUUAAUGUAGUUAUCUCUCAGAUGAAUGGACAAGAUUACUCAUCACAUUCUGUUCAUUCAUUUCAUGUGGGGAAAAUGAGGAUAAAGCUAUGUAGAGGUUGGAUAACAAAAUCUAGAGAAAUAUAUUCCCCAGCAAUGCAGUUGUGUGGAGUUAGAAGUGAUGCCAGUAAUGCAGCGAAGGCAGUGUUUUGGCAAGCUAGAAAGGGUCUCUCGUUUGUAUUGACAUUUGAAUCAGAGCGAGAAAGAAAUGCUGCCAUCAUGGUUGCCAGGAAACAUGCUCUUGAUUGCAAUGUUGUGCUCGCAGGGCCAGAUGAUUUAGUGUAGAAGAAAACCUAACUGACUGAGUUUCAACAAUUGUGAGUAUUGUUCUGAUUUUUGGGUGUGAGUAUAUAAUACAUGAGUGUGGCUAUUUGGUUACGAAAGGGAUGCUUUGGAGCCUUGUAAUUUGGGUUUCUGCUAACUUGGUUGCAUUUUUAGGCAUGUUUUUUUAUUUGCCUAAUCAUAUGUUGUAACAAAUCCAUGUGGGGAUGAUCAUUAGUUCAUUUGUUUAUUGUGUCUGAUUUGCAAAUUCCUGCAACAAAUUGUCCAUCUUUCAAGUUUGCCUCGUGACCUUCACUUUCUUCUGCAAUGCUCAAGUGGAGCAUAUGAUCAUGCAGAAAACAGAAGGCAGUAUAUCAGGGCUUAGUUUCCUGUUGGGAAGUUAUUCACAGUUAAAAUAAUAUACUACGUUGAAACCCUCCUCAAAUGGAGGUUGCACAGUGA